AUGCAGCACAGACUUAUUUUUAUUUGUUUAUUUACCAUAAUUGCUUCAUCGGAUGACGAUAACUCAGCUGUAAAGUAUCCUUUAAAGGGACUAUGUCCUAUCAUAACUAGCACAGUUCCGAAGACAACUCUAAGGGGUAAGCACUGGGUUACCCUAACAUGGGCGGGUAGCAAGAAAAAUCAAGCCUGUUCGAAGAAACUCAUUGCCAAUCAUUUGAAAAAUUAUGAAAAAGUUCACAUCCUGGCAACGGACAAUAAAAAAUACGCCCUAAUAUCGGGUUGUAAUGAGACCAUCACUACAAAUACCUAUCUAAAUAACGUAUUCGGCUACACAACUCAAAAGAAACCUACAACGGCUGCUCUGAAAGCAAUGGUUGCAGCUAUGGAUAAAAAUCGAUUUGACAGAAAAUAUUUGGCGACACCGUGCGAUCCAAAUGCACUUUAAUGAUUUAGAUCCAGUUCUUUAUAAGAAAUAUCUUUCGCCUCCACAGUAGACCCAAAAUAUGAAUAUUUAACACAUAUUGAUAACCUAUUUUUAAAUAAGCCAAAUCUUUGUCUUAAAUAAUAAUGUUGAACCAUAGUUUGCAAAAGUCAUUUAAUUCGAACGGAGGACGCUUCAGUAACUAUUUUAGUUAUAGCAACAAAAUUAUUAUUAUUAUUAUAAUAAUAAUUAUAAUUAGAGAAAAAAGAAUAAUAAGGAAUAUAAUAAUUGUUUAUGUUUAUGUUUUUGAUACUAAAGUCCUUAAAAAAA